AUGGAUUCAACCAACAGCAACCCAAAUACAAGACAUGAACUCACCCUGAUGAACCUCCCGACAGAGCUACACAUCCACAUCGCCUCCUACCUCGACUAUCCGGACGCCCUCGCCCUCAAACACACCAACCGCCAUUUCUAUGCUAUCGUCUAUACCGGUGUCUACCUCAAGGUUAGCUGGCUCCUCUCCCGCUUCGAGCACAAACUCGAAUGUCCGCGAAACGAGGACUGCUCGUUGCGUACGGAUGCAUCGUUUUGCAAUAAGACUGUACGAAAGAUCAUGGAGCGCCGAAGACGGCAUUUAGAGUGCAGGCCAGGUGAUGGAGGAUGCACUGUGGUUUUGGGGGCAAGUUGUAGGAAGGAAGUUGUGCCACGAUGGUUGAGGAAGGAGUUGAGAGGAUGGAGAGACGAAGUGUUGAUAUAUGGCUUGCUGCUUGUGUUCUGGACGCUGGUGUGGCAUGCGGUUCGAAUGUAUGUGAGAUAG